UUCAUAGAAAGUUCACUCGCAUAUAUUAAGCAAUUCAAUCUUUCAUUCCCUGUGACACAAGUAGUAGGAAGUGAGCUGUUCGAAGGCAGAAGGAUCUAUUCACAGGCAAAGGGGGAUCCAGGGCUUCUAGCAAAGGCUGUUUCAUCCACAAAACUUCCACGUUGCCCAGGAUACAAUUAUUUUUCUUGCAUUUAUGCGGGGAGAUCUUGAGAGGCGAGGAGGCUGCUCAAAGAUUCGGGAAAGCAAAGAAUGAGAACUGAAACUUGGAAGGCUGUUUGUUGCUCUCCCCCCCUUCCCCUUGAUUCUGCUGGAUUGACUGAACAGCCUGGAAAAUGGUAAAUGAUCAUUUGGAUCAAUUACAGGCUUUUAGCUGUGUUGUCUGUCAUAAUUCAUGAUUCUGGUCUGGGAAAAAGACCAACAGUCUGCGUGCCAAAAAAGGGGCAGAGUUUGAUGGAGUUGGAUGUACUUUUAUAUGCCCUUUUCCUCCACACCCUCGAGGAAGGCACUUUUGCAGCCCUACUGUAGAGGGGGAAUCAUGUUUGACUGUAUGGAUGUUCUAGCAGUGAGCCCUGGUCAAAUGCUGGAUUUCUACACUGCAAGUCCAUCUUCCUGCAUGCUCCAGGAGAAGGCUCUGAAAGCAUGCUUCAGUGGAUUGGCACAGACAGAGUGGCAACACCGGCACAGUGCGCAAUCAAUUGAAACUCAGAGCACCAGUUCUGAGGAACUUGUUCCCAGCCCACCUUCCCCGCUUCCUCCCCCUCGCGUUUACAAGCCCUGUUUUGUUUGUCAGGACAAAUCUUCUGGAUAUCACUAUGGCGUCAGUGCUUGUGAGGGAUGUAAGGGUUUUUUCCGCAGAAGCAUUCAGAAGAACAUGGUUUAUACAUGUCACCGAGAUAAGAACUGUGUUAUUAAUAAAGUCACUAGGAAUCGCUGCCAGUACUGCAGACUACAGAAGUGCUUUGAAGUGGGAAUGUCCAAGGAAUCUGUCAGAAAUGACAGGAACAAGAAGAAGAAAGAGCCUUUGAAACAAGAGUUUAUGGAGAACUAUGAAAUGACAGCAGAGUUGGAUGAUCUCACAGAGAAAAUAAGAAAAUCUCACCAGGAAACGUUUCCAUCACUCUGUCAGCUGGGCAAAUACACUACGAACUCUAGUGCAGACCACAGAGUUCGACUGGACCUUGGGCUUUGGGACAAAUUCAGUGAACUUGCAACCAAGUGCAUUAUUAAAAUAGUGGAAUUUGCAAAACGGCUGCCUGGUUUUACAAGUUUGACAAUUGCAGAUCAGAUCACUCUACUUAAAGCUGCCUGUUUGGACAUCUUGAUCCUUCGAAUUUGCACAAGAUAUACCCCUGAGCAAGACACAAUGACGUUUUCUGACGGCCUUACACUGAACCGAACUCAGAUGCAUAAUGCUGGAUUUGGUCCUCUGACUGAUCUUGUGUUCACAUUUGCCAAUCAGCUCCUGCCCUUGGAAAUGGAUGACACAGAAACUGGCCUACUUAGUGCCAUCUGCUUAAUCUGUGGAGACCGUCAGGACCUUGAAGAACCAGCAAAAGUAGAUGAAUUACAAGAGCCACUGCUAGAGGCACUCAAAAUAUACAUCAGAAAGAGAAGACCCAACAAACCUCAUAUGUUUCCAAAGAUCUUAAUGAAAAUCACAGAUCUACGCAGUAUCAGCGCCAAAGGUGCUGAACGUGUUAUUACUCUGAAAAUGGAAAUCCCUGGAUCCAUGCCACCUCUUAUCCAGGAAAUGUUGGAGAAUUCUGAAGGACAUGAACCACUGACCCCAAGCUCAACUGGGACUACAGCAGAGCACAGUCCUAGCAUCUCCCCAAGCUCAGUGGAUAACAGUCAUGUCAGUCAGUCCCCACUGGUGCAAUAAGACAUACUCCACCUACAUUCCUAACAUGUUAUGUACAGGGAUGACAGGCAAGAAUUGUCGUUAGUGCUGCUUGCUUUCUGGACUUUACACAUACAUUAAAAUACAACAAGGACCAAGAAAUUUCCAUAUGUAUCUAUGACAGAUAUAUUGUACACACAUGCAAAUGCCUUGCAGUUUAACUAGAAACUACAAACCGUUGAAAUGCUAAACCAGCUAUUUUGUGAAACAAGAAACUAGUUAAGCUUCAAUUCUUUCUCCUGAACAUCCAAGACUGCAAGGUGACAAGACAGAUCUCAAACAAGAAGUUAAAAAUUAUGGCUAUCCCUCUCUGAUGACUUUGUACAUACAAAUAUAUGGGCCUGUACUUUCUAUACUGGAUGUUCGGUGCUUUCCUUUUCUUGCAUACAUUAAAUGACCCAGACAUCUCGCUUAUAAAAUGGACAGCUUACAAGUCCAGAUAAGAAAGCUCUAAAAAAGACAUUCUGAUUUAGUUAGGAUGAAAACUUGUCAUUGCUCUUUUUUAAUGGCCUCAGUUUGUAUUUCCUUCUUUCUAGCAAAAAGAUACAAAGAAACUCACUGCACUAGCAGAAGGAACUUCUGUGUAAGUGUAACUGCCAGAUCAGUUAUUUGGAUGUAAUUUGUCCCACUGUUAAUGUCACUUUAAGAUUUACAAAGGGGUUUAUUACUUGGUUAACCUCUCUGCAUUUAAAAAAAAAAACUAAAUUUUUUACUCCAGUUUUAGCCUUCAAGGCAGAAACACUUUCUGGUGUUACAAUGUACAGGACGCCCCCGGUUAUCUGAUGGGUUAGAGAUCACAGGACUGUCAGAAAGUGGAAUCAGUUGAAAAGUGGAGUCCCAAGGUUUUUUUAGUUUUCAAAUGAAUUUUGGCUGCUGAAAAACAUAACUACACUAUGUAUCACGUUUGAAUGUGUGCAAAAGCUAAAUUAACACACUAUUUUUUUGUUGCAGGGGUCAGACUAGAUGAGCCUCAGAUCUCUUUCCCAAAAGUGUCAGACUAGAUGACCCUCUAAUUCCUUUCCCCUCAGGGCUCAGAUUAGAUGACCUUUAAUAUCCUGGAAGGGUCAGAUUUAAUGACCCUCACAUUCAUUUACCACAGGGAUUAGACUAGCUGGCCCCUCAGGUUUUUUUCCCAAGAGGGAGAGGAGCCCUGCUCUUGUUGUGAGGGAAGGCCCACCUGUGGCUGCUGGGGCUUCAGUCAGAAGUCACUCCUACCCAAAGCUCCACUGCAGGAGGAAGCUGGCAGACCAGUGAAGGAGGAAGGCAGAGCCACACAGCUCACUCUCAGCCCCUUUCCUGCCUUCAUGGCCCUCCCUCCUUCAGCACCCGAGGGCUGGUGGAGAAUGGGUGGGGGGGGACAGGAGGAUGGCUUAGCAGUCCCUAGGAAAAAUUGACAAAGGCCCGCUCUUUCCAUGCUUGUAAAUUACACAGACAAGUUCCAUUAAUUCAAGGAGAGGUCUGCUCUUUCCUUAAUCAAGCGGCAUUGAAUUAAUGGAACCUGUUGAAUUAACAGAAUUUAUCUGUAAUUUGAAACCAUUGAGUGAGUGACUACCAAGGAGUGAAAAAGCGGGGGAUGCCUGUAUUUUGUUUAUUUGUUCAUAAGCUAUUAGGAAAACUUCAUGGGAUAAUGACCAGGCAUAAUCACUACCUCUGAGUUGGUGACACUAGUGAAAAGCAACUCUGGAGAAACUACCCUCCAGCCCACAAUCCUCCUCUCUGGCACCAAGGGGCUGUCACUAGCAUACCCAAAAGCAGAGGAGAGAAAUCUGCCUCUAUGACUUUGUUAAUCAUCAUAAAACAGAGUGGAAAAUGUGGUAGAGUGGUUACGGUUUUUUAAAAGUGUCAGUUUCUUAGGUUUCAUUUAAAAGCACUAGUGGAUUUUUUUUAUAUAUUCUAGCAAGUCUGUGAUGUACUUUCACUGGCUCUGUUUGUACAUUGAGAUUGUUUAACAAUGCUUUCUAUGUUCAUAUACUGUUUACCUUUUUCCAUGGAAUCUCCUGGCAAAGAAUAAAAUAUAUUUAUUUUAA